AUGACCAACACAAAGGGAAAGCGGAGGGGGACUCGCUAUAUGUUCUCUAAACCUUUCAGAAAACAUGGAGUUGUUCCUUUGGCCACAUACAUGCGUACAUACAAGAAAGGUGAUAUCGUAGACAUAAAGGGAAUGGGCACAGUCCAAAAAGGAAUGCCCCACAAGUGUUAUGGCAAAACUGGAAGAGUCUACAAUGUUACCCAGCAUGCUGUUGGCAUUGUCGUUAACAAACAAGUCAAGGGCAAGAUUCUUGCGAAGAGAAUUAAUGUCCACAUUGAGCAUAUUAAGCACUCUAAGAGUCGAGACAACUUCCUGAAAUGGGUGAAGGAAAAUGAUCAAAAAAAGAAGGAAGCCAAAGAGAAAGGGACCUGGGUUCAACUGAAGCGCCAGCCUGCUCCACGCAGAGAAGCCCACUUUGUAAGGAGCAAUGGAAAGGAACCUGAGCUGCUGGAGCCCAUCCCCUAUGAGUUCAUGGCAUGA